AUGACCAGACGAAUUGUCAUAGCGCACAACACUGCUGCCACUGCCGCUGCCACCACGACGCAGCCAACGCUGCAAGUGCCGUCCCAACCUCCACCCAGCUACAAUCAACUUCAAUCUGGCAUGCGCUGUCUCGGCAUCUCGUCUGCUCAGCUACGCCUCUGGCAGACCUACGACGACGAGAGUGAGGACGAUGACGUACCUAGUUCUGCUAUGGCGAAGAGGACACCCCACCUCAUCAUCACCUCGGACCUCUUGAUUCCCGGCGAUGGCGAGCCAAUUCCCAAUGGCGCAUUGGUCGUCACCUCCAAGACGAUUGCCUGGGUGGGACACCGCGAUGCAAUUCCCUCAAAGUAUCAUGAGGGACCUUGUAGAGUCCACCAUGUUCCGUACAUGAUGCCCGGCCUCUGGGACGUUCACGCGCACAUCGUUGGCCCGAAUCCAGACCCUGAGACUGCCCCACGAGGACUGGUUUACGGGCCAUACGGCGAGCACCCGGCCUCGCAGGGCGCCCGCCUCGCCCGAGGCUGCUGGCAGGCACUGCAGUGUGGCUAUACUUCGCUGCGUGACUGCGGCGGUUUCGGCUGCGAGAUGGCCAAUGCCAUCAAUGACGGCUCCAUCGUCGGGCCCAACAUCUAUAGCUGCGGCGGCUUCAUCAGCCAGACGGCUGGCCACGGCGAUCGGUUCGACAUGCCCCCUGGAGAUGCCCUGCUGCACUUUGGCGUCAACAACAUCCAGCCGGGCUUCUUCUGCCAGGGCUGGGGCGCACUGGCCGACGGCGUCGACGAAUGCCGCCGCGCGGUCCGCUUAAACGUCCGUCGCGGCGCCGCAUGCAUCAAGAUCCUAGCCAGCGGUGGUGUCAUGUCCCUCGACGACGACCCCCUCGAUGCACAGUUUAGUGAGGCAGAAAUGUCCGCGCUCGUGGAAGAGGCCACGCGCAUGGGGCGCGCCGUGGCGGCCCAUUGUCAUGGCAAACCCGGCAUCCUGGCGUCUAUCAAGGCCGGCGUGAGGACGAUUGAGCAUGGCACGUACGCAGACGAAGAAUGCCUCGACCUUAUCAAGAGCCAGGGCAUAAUCCUGGUGCCGACGGCUGCCGUCCUAGAAAUGCUCGCGGGCCUCGACGACGCGAUUCCAAAGAAGAUCGCCGAGAAGAUUAAGCAGGUGGCCGCCAAGAUGGAGGGUAUGUAUAAGAUGGCCCUGGCCAAAGGCGUCACCAUUGCCAUGGGCUCGGAUGCUCAACCCAGCUGGCUCGAUGCGUCGGAGAUUGUCUACGCCGUCAAGAUGGGCAUGACGAGUCUGCAGGCGAUCAAGGCGGCAACGGCGACAGCGCCAUUGACGCUGGGCCGCAGGGCACCCAUGUCGGGCCAGCUGAAGGUCGGGUAUGAUGCGGAUAUCCUGGGGCUUACGGCGGACCCGAUUGAAGACAUCACGGUUCUCAAGAAUAGUGACAAUGUAGGAUGGGUGUGGAAGGGGGGUAAGCUGUUCAAGGGACCCAACGUUGGGCUUUGGGGAGAAGAGUAG